AUGGGCUGGUUCUGGGCUGAUACUCCAACUCCGGCGAUUCCGCAGCCACCCAGCGCAUCCCCUCCACCAGGAUGCCCGAUGCACGAAGCAGGCGCAAAGCCUGCACCAACACUGGCUGCUGAACCCCCUAUCAGCUGCCCGAUGAAGUCCAAAGACUCUCCAUUCUUCUCCGCGCCGUCAACAGAAACACCGCAGCCACCCGUCGCGCAACCACCCGCGCAACCUUCAACCUUGUCGAAGCUGAACCCAUUGAACUUCAUGUUCUCCUCAAUUUCCCAAGAGCGCGCUGCGAACCAAACCGUUGAUCUUCCCGUGGAACGGGAGCCUUCCUCUAUCCCCAGAGGCGACGGCGAGGGCAACUGGGAGUAUCCCUCCCCGCAACAAAUGUACAACGCGAUGUUGCGCAAAGGACACACCGACACGCCCCAGGAUGCAGUGGAAUCCAUGGUGGCAGUACACAACUUCCUGAACGAGGGUGCCUGGGAUGAGAUUGUAUCCUGGGAACGCGUGUUCAGCAAAGGCCUCAAGUCUGGAUGGCAGCAUUGUCGACGCGGCGAGGAAAACCUCAGCAACGACCUGAUCUAUGCCGAUGAGAACGGCAAGUUCAACGAUGCCACCCCGCCCCGCCUGCUGCGUUUCCAGGGUCGUCCACAAGAGUGGUCUCCCAAGGCCUCGAUCUACCAGGCUCUGAGCUGGGCGUACCCGGCCAAGUUUGGCCCUCCCUUCGAUCGCCACGAUUGGUACGUCGUUCGUCAGACUCCCGAGGGUCCCAAGGAAAUCCGAUACGUGAUCGAUUAUUACUCUGCGGACCCCGACCCUCACGGACUCCCAGUUUUCCACCUUGACAUUCGACCUGCGAUUGAUACCCCCACUGCUGCUGCUGAGCGACUCAUGCGCUGGGGAGGUGAUGUUUGGUGGAGAGCGAGCGGCGCCAGUGUCCGCGAGCAGGCCUCUCAGGCCUCUCAGGCCUAG